AUGGCGAUGAGUUUGCCUCACCAGAUCGGAGCGAUUUCCGGCUCGCCGUUGGCCGCCGAUGCAGGUGGCGUUUCCGGCGAAGCGCCGUCUUCCGCCACCGUUAGCGCGGUGUGGAGAGUUCCUGUGGCGACCAAUUUGCGUGUUUCUGUGCAGAAGACGGGAAUGGAGAUGGACCGGGUGUCCCCGUCGCCUCCGUUGAGUCCGGUUCGCGGCGGACUGCGGCCUGACCUGUCGGUGGCCGCGCAAGCGCUGAUGUCGGCUCCGGUUACCACCGAGGAUGUGCAGGAUAGGGAGUAUGUUGUGGGUGGGGUUUCACAUAAGGAGGACAAAAAGGGGGUGCCGGUCUACGUUAUGAUGCCGCUCGAUAGCGUGACAUGGAAUCACACGGUUAAUAGGAAGAAGGCGAUGAACGCGAGUCUGCAGGCGCUGAAGAGUGCCGGUGUGGAGGGGAUAAUGAUGGAUGUAUGGUGGGGAUUGGUGGAAGGAGAGAAACCCGGGGAGUAUAAUUGGGGUGGGUAUUCGGAACUGCUGGAGAUGGCGAAGAAGCACGGGCUGAAAGUGCAGGCCGUGAUGUCUUUUCAUCAGUGCGGCGGAAAUGUUGGGGAUUCCUGCACGAUUCCUCUGCCAAAAUGGGUUGUGGAAGAAAUUGACAAGGAUCCUGAUCUUGCUUAUACAGACCAGUGGGGUAGGAGGAAUUACGAAUACCUUUCACUUGGUUGUGAUACCCUCCCAGCUCUCAAGGGGAGAACUCCUGUCCAGUGUUAUUCUGAUUUCAUGCGGGCUUUCAGGGACACAUUUGAGCAUCUUUUAGGUGACACCAUCGUGGAAAUUCAAGUUGGGAUGGGUCCAGCAGGAGAGCUUCGCUAUCCAUCUUACCCAGAGCAAGAUGGGACAUGGAAGUUCCCGGGAAUUGGAGCUUUUCAAUGUUAUGACAAGUACAUGAUAAGUAGCUUGAAAGCAGCAGCUGAAGCAAUUGGUAAACCUGAAUGGGGAAGCACCGGUCCGACAGAUGCCGGCCACUACAACAACUGGCCAGAAGACACAAACUUCUUCCGUAAAGAGGGUGGUGGGUGGAACACUCCAUAUGGAGAGUUUUUCCUCUCUUGGUACUCUCAGAUGCUUAUUGAUCAUGGUGAGAGAAUACUGCAAUCAGCCAAGAGUCUAUUUGAGAACAAGGGUGUAAAGAUUUCUGUCAAGAUUGCAGGUAUCCACUGGCAUUACGGCACCCGAUCCCAUGCUCCCGAGCUCACAGCUGGCUACUACAACACCCGUUUUCGAGACGGUUACCUGCCCAUCGCCCAAAUGUUAGCUCGCCAUGGUGCUGUGUUCAACUUCACUUGUAUCGAGAUGAGAGAUCACGAACAACCUCAGGAUGCUUUAUGUGCACCUGAGAAACUGGUCAGGCAAGUGGCUUUAGCCACUCAAGAAGCUCAGGUUCCACUUGCUGGAGAAAACGCACUGCCAAGAUACGAUGACUACGCACACGAACAGAUUUUGCAAGCCUCAGCUCUGGAUAUUGAUGGCAAUUCAGCCGAUAGGGAAAUGUGUGCAUUUACAUAUUUGAGGAUGAACCCUGAUUUGUUUCAACCAGAUAACUGGAGACGGUUCGUUGCAUUUGUGAAGAAAAUGAAGGAAGGAAAAGACGUGCACAGGUGUUGGGAGCAAGUGGAGCGGGAAGCUGAGCAUUUUGUGCAUGUCACUCAACCUUUAGUUCAAGAAGCCGCUGUUGCGCUCAUGCAUUAGUGCUAGCAUGUAAUCAUAUAAUACAAUACGAAAUAACUCCACAGAAGCAGUUAACGUAUAUUUCUGCAGUUUCCUGCUCUUGUAUCCUUAAAUGUACUGUAUUACUGGAAGCAUAAUAGAAUUUGAGAAACAUUAGUACAAAUAUCUUAAACCUUUCUGUUUCA